UUAUAUACGUUAUAGCUAUACACCAUGAAGGUAUUUCUUUUACUCGCCGUACUUUUGUUAGCCCACACCGAAGCCAAACUUGUCAAGUAUCCAAAAAAUUACGUAGAAGAUGCGAUUGAAGGACGAAUAGUUGGAGGAACUAAAGCCACUUUGGGUCAGGCGCCCUAUCAAGUGUCCUUACAAACAUCGGAUGGUUCUCAUUUCUGUGGCGGAGCCAUAAUCGACAAGAAUUGGAUCGCAACUGCCGGACAUUGUCUUGAGAGUAGAUAUGCCAGUAAUAUAAUCAUCGUCGCAGGCACCAUCGAAUGGCAGAAUCCGAAUGCUACUUAUUAUGCCAGCUCCAUACAUAUACACUGUCGCUACAACAAGCCGAGAAGUCACAAUGAUAUCGCAUUGAUACGUUUGAACUCGUCUAUUGUGUUCAACGAUAGAACCCAACCCAUAGCAUUGCCGACGGAGCAGAUGAAGGAAGGCGAUGAGGUCAUAAUGACAGGUUGGGGUUCAACUGAAUUGUACGGUGAUACACCCGAUAAUCUGCAGAUUGUGUCCUUAAAAUAUUUACCACAUAAAAAUUGUAAAGUAAUGCACAAUAAUGAUCCAGAUUUGGAUGUGGGACACAUGUGCACAUAUACGAAGUAUGGCGAAGGUGCGUGCCAUGGCGAUUCGGGUGGCCCUUUGGCGAACGAUGGAAUAUUGGUCGGUUUAGUUAACUGGGGUAUGCCCUGCGCUGUUGGCUAUCCAGAUGCGAACGCGAGUACCUAUUUUUAUAUGGAUUGGAUCCGUCGCAUAAUGAAGGGCACUGCGAAAUGUUUUAGUUAAAUUAAAUAUUUCAAAAAGAGUAUUUAAGAUAUGUUUGAAAAUCAGUUUACAAAAAAAUUUAAAAUUAUUAAAAAAUUAAAAGUUUUUGUUUGAAGAAGCUUUAAGCUUAUUUAUAAGUGAGCACCUAACUUAUCUCACAACCUUUAGAAUAUAUGCAGGCAAAUAUUAUCCAUCCACAUUGUUCUAAUUUGGAGGGAUAAUGUCAAUUUAUUCUCUAAAUAUUUAUAUUAGUCAAGUUCUUUUUGAUAACUGCUGUGCGUGUCUUGAGGUUGACGGACAAAUAUUUUCCAUCUUUAAAGAUACAGUUUCCCCUAGGAUCUGCAUUUGCGAAUAAAUGAUAUAAGCUUUGAAGUUGAACUGUC